CCCACGUCCCAGCAUAUUUUUUUGCCAUCUUUCACCGUCACUUUUGAUAUAAAAUCUUUGUGCAGUCUCUUACUUUCAUUUAUUUUUUUCUGGAGUGUUUGGACAUUAGGUGUGCUUUUCCUCCUUAAUGUCUCACUUAAAAAAAGCCCCAAAAUUGUGUGGUUAAUUUUUUUAAAGGGAAAUUAGUCUUUUGAGGGGAAGGGCCCACUAGGUAAACCUCCCACCAAAGUGGACUUGUGUCAGCUGUGAAGUUUCCAAACAUGUCUCCAACAGCCAUGCAAUUUCAGCAUCUGUUAUAUUCAAGACCAUUUCAAUUCCAAGUUGCAGAAUCAAAGUCAAAUAAAUCAAUAAAAAAUGUAUUGGCUCAUGAGAUGAAAAAGCCUGUGGGGCAGGCACCUAGGCAUGGCACAAGCCAGGUUCUCAACCAUGCCGCAAAUGCUCUGCCUGUCUUUUUGUCUCUUGCUCAGCUCUUCUCUGUGUUGGCUUCAUUCCCAGGCAAGCUUCCUCCAUCUGGUGAAAAAGAUGGAUACCAGGCGUGCCUUAUCCCCCAGAGGAAGAAGGAGGGAGCUCUUUUCCAAUAGCAUUUCUGUGAGAGAUGCGAUCCUAAGGUGGCCUCCAAGAUUUACACGCAGCUGGUACAAUCUCCGUGAUCAUCGGAAGAACCUGUGAAUGUGAUGGGCUAAGAUUUCUGAGCUUAUGUGGUUUUAUAUGGCAAAGGGAGAGUGUUCUGGUGGGCCUGACCUGACCGGCAAAUCCUCUAAAAGCAGAGUUUUCUCCAGCUGGUUCCAGAAGAGUAAGUCAGAGAGAUGCUCUCUGGUGGGCCCGGAAGCAAGCGAACAUCCACAUUGUGAACUGCCUAUGGGGGCCCCUGGCAAGGAGCUGCAGGUGUUUUCUAGGACCUGAGAGCAUUCCCUGGCCAAUCAUUAGCAGGAAAACAGCAACUCACUCCUAUAACUGUGAGGAAAUAAGACCUGCCAACAACCAGUGAGCUGGGAAGAAGAUCCUGAGCCUCAGAUGAGAACUGUUGCCCCAGCCAACACCGAUUUCAGGCUUGUAAGUUCCAGAGCAAAGAACUCAGCCAUGUCGUAUCGGGACUUCUGACCUACAUUACUUUCCUGCCAUCACUGCUUCAGCCUCUGCCUCCCAGCCUCUUUCUGAGGGAAAGGACAAGAUGAAGUGGAAGGCGCUUGUCACCACGGCCAUCCUGCAGGCACAGCUCCCGAUUACAGAGGCACAGAGCUUCGGCCUGCUGGAUCCCAAACUCUGCUACCUGCUGGAUGGAAUCCUCUUCAUCUAUGGUGUCAUUGUUACUGCCCUGUUCCUGAGAGUGAAGUUCAGCAGGAGCGCAGACGCCCCCGUGUACCAGCAGGGCCAGAACCAACUCUAUAACGAGCUCAAUCUAGGGCGAAGAGAGGAGUACGAUGUUUUGGACAAGAGACGGGGCCGGGACCCUGAGAUGGGGGGAAAGCAGCAGAGAAGGAAGAACCCUCAGGAAGGCCUGUACAAUGCACUGCAGAAAGAUAAGAUGGCAGAGGCCUACAGUGAGAUCGGGAUGAAAGGCGAGAACCAGCGCCGGAGGGGCAAGGGGCACGAUGGCCUUUACCAGGGACUCAGUACAGCCACCAAGGAUACCUACGACGCCCUUCACAUGCAGGCCCUGCCCCCUCGCUAACAGCCAGAGUAUUUCACCACUGAAAGGCCAGACCUGCAGAUUCCCAGAUUAUGAGACACAGGAUAAAGCAUUUACAACCCGGUUCACUCAUCUCAGCCAUGAACGUAUUCCUCUUUAUGUGCAGGAUGCUUUGGUCAUAUUCAGCUCCAAAACAUCACACAGACUGCUGUCCCCGCACUCUUUAAGGGAAUGUGUGCCCCAGGGCUCACAGCCCUGGCCUUGGGCCUGAUUUGCCAGUGGUGCAGGCAGACCUGUCUCCUGGCAGCUACGUGUUCUCCCUGGGAGGCGGGCAUGCUGUCUCUCACAGCUAAGUUGAGUCUGUUUUGUAAAAUCCCCAGAGAAACCACAGAUGCUAGCACUUGCCCUACCUAAUAUCUGUAUCAUCUUGUCAAUGUUUGAGUGGCUUCACCCUGGCUGUAAAUUUGGCUUCUGUUAUCACCACCUCCUUUCAAGGUAACUGUACUGGGUCAUGUUGCACCUCCCUCCCUGGUGAGAGGGCCAGGCAGUGGGGUGGACAGGAAGAGAGCCUAGGUCAGGUGCAGCCAGGGAGCUGCAGGGGCAUGGGAAGGUGGGCAGGCAGGGGAGGUUCAGCUAGGGCCUGCGAGGGCAGCAGGGUGGGGGGUCUCCCUGCCUGGGGCCUCUGUGCCACACCAUUGAACUGCCACGUGCUAUGGGGGCUGGAAGAUGAACAAGACUGACCUUGCUGAGCUGUGCACAAAGUGGUAUAGAGAACAGUUUGGUUCCACGGUGUGAACAAGGUGCCUGAGAGCAAGAGAAGGCCCUUGAUUCACCUCAGGCUUUUGGUAAAUGACAAAACCAUCAUCGCGAAGGCCUCGCAGGAAGACCCGGCACCAUGGGACCUGUAACUGCCCCGCAGACAGUGGCAGGACAGGAAAAACCCCAGAGUACUGGGACACUGCUGUGUCAUUACAGGUCACAGGCCAUGGAUGAAAAACGCUCUCUGCUCUGCCUUUUUUCUACUGUUUUAAUUUAUACUGGCAUGCUAAAGCCUUCCUGUCUUGCAUAAUAAAUAAAUGCUUCAGUGGAAAUGCA